CUUCUUCAUAUACACGAUAAUUACAGCUUCUCUUGUCAUCCGAUUGCAUAUACGUCCGCAGCGACAAUCGGCAAUAUUGACCGGUAGCAGGAUGGCCCACAGCACCACCCAUGGGUUUUCCAUUCAGCGAGGAGAUGACUCCUCUGGGACAUCGUCAGCCAAUAGAAAAAUCUGCGUACAGAGAAUCACCGCACGAAUUCAAGAAUGGCCCGAGGAAGAUUGGUCGGGUAUCGCAGACCUCAAAUUGCGCAGGAGGUUGCAAAACCGGUUGAAUCAGCGAGCGCGACGUCUCAAAAAAGUGGAAGGCCCUCAGUGUCUGCCGACUCGUCGGAGCGGCGACAGUGCCGAUCCCUCAUCUGCUGCGGAGCUGGGUUGCGCUCCCGUGGCGCCACCGUUGGCCUCUUACCCUGGACAGGCUGUACGUACGCUGUCAGAUCAUGAGGAAAGUACGGCUCUAGCUGCUCUGAGAAAAGUCGAAAACAUCCACGUUCUCCACCCGGACAUCAGUCACCCGGAGAGCGUGCUGCAGCACAUAGAAGCGGUGGCGCGCGAGCAGCAUCCGUCUGGAGACCCACGUUCCGACAUGUUGCUCCAUCUGAUACAGUUCAAUUUUACCAGAGGCCAACUCCAGACUAUGAGGAUCCUGGGUCUGACCUCAGAGCACAUGGACGAUGAUGCCAUCUCGUUCUUCAACUUACCGGGACCAUGGCCGCACGAGAUGGUACAAUCUCUCCCCGCCAGUCUCCAACCUACUCUAGUGCAGCGCACCGUAGUCCACCAUCCGUGGCUUGACCUGCUUCCCCUCCCCGCGAUGCGGGACAACCUGAUUCUAGCGGGAGAGUCAUAUGACGAAACUAAGCUCUGCCUUGACAUGAAGGGGCUUGGCAGCGUGCACGGCGAAUAUUCCGGGAUCAUCAUUUGGAGCGAUCCGUGGGAUCCAAGUGGGUGGGAGAUCACUGAGCCGUUUUCCCGCUCCUGGGAAUGGGUUCUCCGGGGGUGCUGGGAGAUCUUUCACUCGACCAACGCCUGGCGAGCGCGUCGCAAUGAGGAAGCGCUUUUUCCUGUCACAUAA